CCGGCCUCCAUACAAUCUCCGACCGGAUGUAUAUACAAAGUCUGAGUAUACUAUGUAUACUUAAUACAGCAGCUUCACCACUACCACAACCGUAACUCAACAACCAACCAAUCAAUACACACUUACAUCAUAAAAUCUCAACCACCUAACCACACAAUGUCCCCCCAAAUCCUCACCAUCCUCCCCGCCACCAGCCAACAAGGCCUCUCCAUUAUCUCCGCUAUAACCAACCACCCAACCCUGCGAACCGAAUACACUCUCCGCGCCCUAGUCCGCAACCCAUCCUCUCCAACAGCCCAAUCCCUCACCAAGCAAAGCAUCGAAGUCCUCCCCACGGACCUCAACAACCCAGCCACCCUCACCCCAGCCCUAACCAACACGCACACCCUAAUCCUAAUAACCCUAACGGACUACUCAGUCCCAGACCUCAAAUACCAAGAACUCACACAAGUACAAAACGUCAUUUCCGCAUGUCCCAGCACCAUCAAACACAUCAUCUUCAGCAGUGCCGUGCCCGCCCACCCUCACGGGCGGGAAGUAGACGUCUUCGACUCGAAGUUCGCUGCUGAGGAGGCACUACGCACACUCUCCUCAUCCCACGGCAUCAAAGUAUCAGUGUUCUAUCCGGGCAUGUUCAUGCAGAAUUUCGAGACGUUCAUGAGGCCUCUUCCUGAUCCGGAGGAAAAGGCGGACUUGGUUGUGUAUAAUGUUAUGGAUGGGGGGAAGAAGAUCCCGCUGAUUGAUGCGGUGAGGGAUUUGGGGAAGUUUGUGGUUCCGAUUCUGACGGGGGAGACUGAGAGGGUUUAUGCGGCUAAUGGGGUUUGGUCGUUUGAGGAGGUGGUGGAGAUUAUGGGUAGGGUGAUGGGCAAGGAGGUUCGGUAUGUCAGGAUGGAGGAGGAGGUGUAUGCCGGGUUCAUGCCGGGGCAGAAGGGGUGGCAGGUCGUGGAUAUGUUGAGGUUUUAUGAAGAGGUUGGGUAUUAUGGGGGGUAUGAGGAGGGGAAGGUGAAGGAGACGUUGGGGUUGGUGGAGGGGGUUAGGGGGUUUGAGCAGUUUGUGGGGGAGAAGUUGGUUUAG